AGCAGCGGCAGCACCGGCAGCGCGCGCGGGGAAACGCUGGGACGCCCGCCGGGCCGGCCGGAGCGGGUGAUGGGGCCCGUGUGAGCGCGCCCAGGCCCGGCCCGGUGCCCGGCGGGCGGCAGCAUGUCCGCGGGCGGCAGCACCAGGAAGAGCACCGGGAGGCCCUCCUAUUACUAUCGGCUGUUGCGGCGGCCCCGGUUGCAGCGACAGAGAAGCCGCUCCCGCAGCCGGACCCGGCCCGCCAGGGAGUCGCCCCAAGAAAGGCCGGGCUCCCGGCGCAGCCUGCCCGGCAGCCUCUCGGAGAAGAGCCCCAGCAUGGAGCCCUCAGCCGCUGCGCCGUUCCGGGUCACGGGCUUCCUCAGCCGCCGCCUCAAGGGCUCCAUCAAGCGCACCAAGAGCCAGCCCAAGCUGGACCGCAACCACAGCUUCCGCCACAUCCUGCCGGGGUUCCGGAGCGCCGCCGCUGCCGCCGCCUCCUCCGCCGCGGACAAUGAGAGGUCCCAUCUGAUGCCGAGGCUGAAGGAGUCUCGCUCGCACGAGUCCCUGCUCAGCCCCAGCAGCGCGGUGGAGGCGCUGGACCUCAGCAUGGAGGAGGAGGUGGUCAUCAAGCCGGUGCACAGCAGCAUCCUGGGCCAGGACUACUGCUUCGAGGUGACGACGUCAUCAGGAAGCAAGUGCUUCUCCUGCCGGUCAGCAGCCGAGCGGGAUAAGUGGAUGGAGAACCUGCGGCGAGCGGUGCACCCCAACAAGGACAACAGCCGGCGUGUGGAGCACAUCCUGAAGCUGUGGGUGAUCGAGGCCAAGGACCUGCCGGCCAAGAAGAAGUACCUGUGCGAGCUGUGCCUGGACGACGUGCUCUACGCCCGCACCACGGGCAAGCUCAAGACGGACAACGUCUUCUGGGGCGAGCACUUCGAGUUCCACAACCUGCCGCCCCUGCGCACCGUCACCGUCCACCUGUACCGGGAGACGGACAAGAAGAAGAAGAAGGAGCGCAACAGUUACCUGGGCCUGGUAAGCCUGCCCGCCGCCUCGGUGGCCGGGCGGCAGUUCGUGGAGAAGUGGUAUCCAGUGGCGACGCCCAACCCCAAGGGCAGCAAGGGCCCCGGCCCCAUGAUCCGCAUCAAGGCGCGCUACCAGACCGUCACCAUCCUGCCCAUGGAGAUGUACAAGGAGUUCGCCGAGCACAUCACCAACCACUACCUGGGGCUCUGCACGGCCCUCGAGCCCAUCCUCAGCGCCAAGACCAAGGAGGAGAUGGCGUCGGCCCUGGUGCACAUCCUGCAGAGCACGGGCAAAGUGAAGGACUUCCUGACCGACCUGAUGAUGUCAGAGGUGGACCGCUGUGGGGACAACGAGCACCUCAUCUUCCGGGAGAACACGCUGGCCACCAAGGCCAUCGAGGAGUACCUCAAGUUGGUGGGCCAGAAGUACCUGCAGGACGCGCUAGGCGAGUUCAUCAAAGCACUGUACGAGUCCGACGAGAACUGCGAAGUGGACCCCAGCAAGUGCUCGGCCGCUGACCUCCCCGAGCACCAGGGCAACCUCAAGAUGUGCUGUGAACUGGCCUUCUGCAAGAUCAUCAACUCCUACUGCGUCUUCCCGCGGGAGCUGAAGGAGGUGUUCGCCUCGUGGCGGCAGGAGUGCAGCAGCCGCGGCCGGCCCGACAUCAGCGAGCGGCUCAUCAGCGCCUCCCUGUUCCUGCGCUUCCUCUGCCCGGCCAUCAUGUCGCCCUCGCUCUUCAACCUGCUGCAGGAGUACCCCGACGACCGCACCGCCCGCACCCUCACCCUCAUCGCCAAGGUCACCCAGAACUUGGCCAACUUCGCCAAGUUCGGCAGCAAAGAGGAGUACAUGUCCUUCAUGAACCAGUUCCUGGAGCACGAGUGGACCAACAUGCAGCGCUUCCUGCUGGAGAUCUCCAACCCCGAGACCAUCUCCAACACGGCCGGCUUCGAGGGCUACAUCGACCUGGGCCGCGAGCUGUCCAGCCUGCACUCGCUGCUCUGGGAGGCCGUCAGCCAGCUGGAGCAGAGCAUCAUCUCCAAACUGGGGCCCCUGCCUCGCAUCCUGAGGGACGUCCACACGGCGCUGAGCACCCCAGGCAGUGGGCAGCUCCCAGGGACCAAUGACCUGGCCUCCACGCCUGGCUCUGGGAGCAGCAGCAUCUCGGCCGGGCUGCAGAAGAUGGUGAUCGAGAACGACCUCUCUGGUCUGAUAGAUUUCACCCGGUUACCGUCUCCAACCCCCGAAAACAAGGACUUGUUUUUUGUCACAAGGUCCUCCGGGGUCCAGCCCUCACCUGCUCGCAGCUCAAGUUACUCGGAAGCCAACGAGCCUGAUCUUCAGAUGGCCAACGGUGGCAAGAGCCUGUCCAUGGUGGACCUCCAAGACACCCGCGCGCUGGACGGGGAGGCGGGCUCCCCGGUGGGCCCCGACGCCCUCCCCACCGACGGGCAGGCGCCUGCGGCUCAGCUGGUGGCCGGGUGGCCGGCACGGGCAGCCCCCGUGAGCCUGGCAGGGCUGGCCACCGUGCGGCGGGCGGGCCAGACGCCGACCACGCCAGGCACCUCCGAGGGCGCGCCGGGCCGGCCCCAGCUGCUGGCACCGCUCUCUUUCCAGAACCCCGUGUACCAGAUGGCAGCCGGCCUGCCGCUGUCACCCCGAGGCCUUGGCGACUCGGGCUCUGAGGGCCACAGCUCCCUGAGCUCGCACAGCAACAGCGAGGAGUUGGCGGCGGCUGCCAAGCUGGGGAGUUUCAGCAGCGCCGCCGCCGAGGAGCUCGGGCGACGGCCGGGGGAGCUGGCGCGGAGGCAGAUGUCUCUGACUGAGAAGGGCGGGCAGCCCACGGUGCCGCGGCAGAACAGCGCCGGCCCCCAGCGCCGGAUCGACCAGCCGCCACCCCCGCCCCCGCCGCCCCCGCCCGCCCCCCGUGGCCGGACGCCACCCACCCUGCUGAGCACCCUGCAGUACCCGCGGCCCUCGAGCGGGACCCUGGCGUCCGCCUCGCCCGACUGGGCCGGCCCCGGAGCCCGGCUGCGGCAGCAGUCCUCGUCCUCCAAGGGCGACAGCCCCGAGCUGAAGCCGCGCGCGGCGCACAAGCAGGGCCCUUCACCUGUGAGCCCCAAUGCCCUGGACCGCACGGCCGCUUGGCUCUUGACCAUGAACGCGCAGUUGCUAGAAGACGAGGGCCUGGGCCCAGACCCCCCCCACAGGGAUAGGCUAAGGAGUAAGGAGGAGCUCAGCCAAGCAGAAAAGGACCUGGCAGUGCUUCAGGACAAGCUGCGCAUCUCCACCAAAAAGCUGGAGGAGUACGAGACCCUGUUCAAGUGCCAGGAGGAGACGACGCAGAAGCUGGUGCUGGAGUACCAGGCCCGGCUGGAGGAGGGCGAGGAGCGGCUGCGGCGGCAGCAGGAGGACAAGGACAUCCAGAUGAAGGGCAUCAUCAGCAGGUUGAUGUCAGUGGAGGAGGAGCUGAAGAAGGACCAUGCAGAGAUGCAGGCAGCUGUAGAUUCCAAACAGAAGAUCAUCGAUGCCCAGGAGAAGCGCAUCGCCUCCCUGGACGCCGCCAACGCCCGCCUCAUGAGCGCCCUGACGCAGCUGAAAGAGAGUAUGCAUUAGAAACAAAAGCCCGCUUGCUCGCUUGCUGGAACACAGGGGCCUUUUAAAUUGAGCGUGCGCACUGCAUGGGAAAUAGCGGCCCUGGAGGAUGUUAGACUUGCUCCCUCUCCGAGACAGCAGCGGCCUGCACCAGGCCCCGUGUGUGCGGCCGGCCUCCUCCUCACCCCUCCCGGGCCCCCAGCCAAGGACCCAGGCGCUGCAGACAGGCGAGGGGCACCCCCACAGCUGGGGCCGGUUUUCCUCAGCUCUAGGCUGUUCUGUAGCUUUUCGGCCCUCCCCACCCCGACUUGAGGGACACGAGUGGGCAGGAGCUUGGGUCCCUCUGGGCUCCUCCCUGUUCCCAGCCCCAGCCCUGGCCCUGGGCACAAGAACUGGGGCGUUCGCCCUGCAGCAGAGCCAGGGCCAGCCAGGGCCACCCCUCUGCCUCAGCCUCAGGCAGCUGAGGACACCCUGGGAAAGAGCGCUGAGCCCUCCCUGCCCCAGGGGCUGAGACAUGCCCCCAGAGCAGGGGUUGCCACAGGGCCCAGCAGGAGGGGGCGUGGGGGAGGCCCCGACCACACUGAACCCCCAUCCUGGGCCCACGCUCAGGGACUGGGCUCCAAGGUGAAACCCACAGUACAGUUAGGCCAGAGACACGCUGGCGGGGCGAGGGCGGCCCCCAAGGGCCACAGGUCUCGGGAAGGGUGGCCGUGGGGGCUGAGGCCCUGGUUUCACUGCUGGUCUCACAGACAGGGCCCGGCCCCAGAGAGGUCCUCUGGUCCAGCUCUGUCCCCCGCUGCCCAGUGAGCCCUCCUUUCCCCUCCCCUCUCCCGGUGAUGCCUCGUAGAGCGACCUCGGCCCCAUCGCCUCUUAGCAAUACGGGGGAGGUUCCCAGGGCCUGACGGCAGGCGCGGGAGGCCAGUGCAGUGGCUGGUGCUGGCGGCCCUUGGCCGGGCCGUGAGCUCUCAGGCCGAGAACCUUAUUUACCUAGUGCAAAAACUGUAAAAGUGUACAGACUCUUCACAGAUUUUUAUCUGAAUUGCAAGUCUGACCAUUUUUGUAAAUGUUCUUGGUGUUUGACUGUAAUGUAUAACUACUUCACCUAAUGGCUGUACAUAGUCCUCCGGUCCUGGUGCUGCCGAGGGCCGCCCGGGGCCGCCGCUCUCCGAUGGUCUGUAUUUUAUUUUUUAAUCUAGAGAACAGUAUUGGGCAGGAAGAGGAGGUCCGGGUUGGGCGUUGGGGCUUACCCCCUGCCCCCGCACUUGCUGGUUGGCUUUGCGGUGCGCUGUGCCGGUGGGCCUGAGGGGGCAUGCGCCCUGGCCGGGCCAGCAGGGAGGCUCCUGCCGGGGCCGCACACACGACCUGGGUCUCGGUGUUGGGCGCCGCCCUCAGACAGCGCCAGGCUGCGGGGGGGCCUGCAGGGAGGGAUGAGGGAAGGCAGUUCCUGCUCAGGGAGGCCCGGGCCCAGGCCAGGCCCCACUGGAGACGGCUUUCCCCUCCUCUGCCGACACAGAGAGGCCUGACUUUUUUGCCUAACUUUUACAUUUAGGGUGAAGGAAACUGCCAAACUUCCUAUAAGUGAAGACUUUUUCCGAGUGCCCAGUGAGGGGGGUGGGGGACCGCGGCCAGAGCUCCACGCCCGCCCCCAGAGCAUCUGCCCGGGGCUCACCUGUCCCCCUCCUGCCUGUCCACGUGGGGAAGGCAGACUGCCCAGGGAAACGCCCUCUCUCUUUUCUACACACUCGGCCCCCAGAGCCACUCCGGCCCCCACCCCCCUGCCCCCCUUUUGUAAGUAUGUGAAAAGGACAAACCUGCAAACGUGGGGUCUCGGCUGGAGCCCCCCAGCCGCGGCUUUUAACUAUGUAAUACUGUACAGAGAAAGUGGUUGUUGUUCGAAGACUGUGUGGCUGUGCAAUUUCUGUACAUUUGCAAUUAGAAAUAUUAAAGAUUUAUUUAGCUAUUUUAA